AAACACCCUGGUUGUAACCGUAGAGCAAACCGCCCAAGCACGCAAACGUCGCGAUACCGACGACGCGCAGGUUCUGGAAAAACGCCAGCGGCCCCGUCGACCGGGCGAGCGCCAGCCGGCGCUUCAGGGCCGCAUCUUCGGUCUGCGAGUACACAGGAGCCAUGGCCGCAGGCAAGCUGUCGCUGUCGGAGAGCCAGGGAGCAGUUGAGGAGCAGACGAACGAGCGAGCAGGGCGUGCAUCUCCGACCGGGCGUUCGUUUAUAUUGUUUUCGGACCGACCGUUUUGGCCAGCUGCAUCGGCGGCGCAUUCAGGCUGAAUGCUCGCGAGCCGGAUAA